UAGAAAUGUUUACGUGGGAACUUGCAAAGCUUGACCUGGAAUCUCACCACUGUAACACUUGCCAACAGCGCCUUUAACUUAAAAUAAAGUCGCAGCAAAUGUCAAGUGUAACUUUAACACUGAGUUUUUUAAAAGGGUCCUGUCACUAACAACAAAAAAUAUUUAUGUUGUUAAGAGCCGGCAACAAAAGACGGGCGACAUCGCGUCUUCGCCAGAACAUCUGCAAUUCUACAUUUAUGUGCGAAUGCUGUUAAAGUUGGUACUACAGACAUAGUCACCAUGUAAUAAGAGGAUACCAAUGACUCACCAGUUUUCAAGACUUUUAAUACGAAGACAAGGAAAUAAACCAGCUGCAUCAGAAGUUCUGAAUGCAUACUUAACACAAUGUAAAAAGCCACCAUGGACAUCUUACUUUGUGAAAUACACCAGUGUUUAUGAUGACCAAUGGGGCCAGUCGCAUUUUAACUGGCCAGUUCAAGAAACAAAUUAUCAUAUUCUCCGCACAGGAUGUUAUCCUUACAUAAAGUAUCACUGUACAAAGAGACCAUAUCAAGAUCUUCAGCUUGAAGAUACAUUCUUUCGUUUUAUAAAGAUUGCUAAUUUAGGUUUCAAGCUAUCACCACACCAAAUUUCUUUGAAAAUGGUUCAGCGGUUUAGUCAUGAAAACUUAUUACCAUAAUUACUUUUGCACAUAUUAUAUUAUGGUGUGGAAGUGGGAAUUCAACACAUUGAGGACUGAAUAAGCAUUGUAUCCAUUAUGUUGAAUCUUAUUAUGUAGAACAAAUCAAUCAAUAAAUUUCAAAAGUCAAGCAAUAAAUAGCUCCUUCAAAAAGUAAUAACAAUAUUAUGGAAAGGACAGUUGCUACUCGCUAUAUAGUGGCAGUGCUGAGUUGCAGAUAGGCACAAUGAAAAGAUGGUGAAACCAAGCUUUUGGCCUUGGCAACCAGAGAUUGUGGUCAUGUGCAUAUGUCAGUUGCAUUUGCGUGAGUGUAUGUGUGUACCUUGUCUAUUCUGAUGAAGGCCUAUUUGGCCGAAAGCUUUAUUUGACAGUAUUUUUGUUGUGUCUAGCUGUGCCUCAGCAUCUUGGCUAUAUGAUGAGUAGUGACUAUCCUUCUCAUAAUAUUGUUAUUAUUCUCUCCUAGAUUUUUCAUUGUUUGAUUUUUCAAAGAGUAAAUAUUGUACAAAUCAUCAAAUAUUUUGUAUACACUCUUUCUAAAGUAGCCUAUGACCUUCCAUGACGUCCUAG